GCACGCACACGGGUUACGCAGGUGAUUGAAGCUCGUUCUCAAAGCCUCUAUGAGGCUGUGAAACGCGCGAACCAUCUGCGGGAGAGAAGCGGGAUGAAUAACCAUGAAAUUUAGAUUACGGUCGAAUAUAAAUCUGGGAUGCUGCGCUACGUAAAAGCGAGAAACGAUAAUGGCGUGCGCGGUACGUUGCCUCUUAUUAUCUCGCGAUACGCCAACGCGAUACGCGUUAUCCAGAUAUGACAUGUUCUGCACGGUGUUAUCGCACGUGUUCAGCAUUGCACGCGCCAUGGUUGAUUAAGAAAAUUAUCAAACCUGUCCCGAUGUACGAUCGUUAUGCGAUCGUAAAUCAUCGUAACCGAAACAUCCAUCUUCGUCCAUUUCUUCGCACGUUCACCUGCAUUAUUCAUCGUAACCCAUUUUGUUGGCCGGACUAACUAGGCGAUUUACUCGCGAGGUCGAAACGUUAGUAUAGUUAAUAGUUUGUUCAACGAGAUGCGUGCGGAGAUGGGAGGAAUGCCUUCGCGGAUAUGGUCUCUUCCGUCGAAGACGCGCUAUCUCUCGAUAGGGGUGGUUACUGUCCCUCGUAAAAGGAAAUGCGCUCAACGGCCCUCAUUUCCUCUUUGGCUUUGUCAAACGCGAUGAUGCCGGGCGUUGUUGGCUCACACGGUGCCCAUAGAUAGAUACCGAUAUAACAGGCUCUCGAAAUCUCGUUUCGUGCGGCACGUUAUCGCAGAAUGUAUUUAUCGAGAAACUCCAUUAAUUUGAGUAAAAAAAGGUGGAAAAAAACUGUUGCACCUUUCGAUAUCGAAUUAUUGUUUUCAUAACGAAUGUUUCGCAUCAAUUAACGCUGCGUCGAUAACCGGGUUCCAAUACAAAUUACGUUCUGUCGGUCCGUCGGCCGUCAAUUAUUUCGCAAUGAAUUUAGGAUUAUCGGAAAUGUCGGAGCGAAGUAAUGGCACGUCGAAAUAUUAGCGCGCCCGGUGUGCUCUCUAAAUUACAGCAAGUAAAUUUAUUACAUAUUAUAAACACAGGCCUCUGAAUCACGGAUAUAACAUGAUAUUCGAACUUUGCGCGUCAACAGCGGUAUAAUAAGAUUAUAGUUAUAAACCGUAUGUUUCAUAAUCUCGCUUGUGUAAUUCCCAAUGCGGUCGUUCUCCAUGAAUUGUAUUACAUCAACUGUGUUACACGUUACAUUCCGCAGUUCUGUAAUCAUCCGCAACGAUUGAAAUUUGUGAUUCAAUUAUCGCUAACUUCGAUAUCGGCACGUCACUCUGCGGCUUCGUUUUCCUUUUGGAGCAGCUGCGAGGAAGAGAACGAUUAAUUGAUUGACGAUUUGCACGAGCCUUUCCCUGUCUCUCUCUCUCUCUCUCUCUCUCUGUCUUUCGUGUUACGAGACAACGAGGUGGCUUCGACGGCAAAUUCUGCAAACACCGGAGAAUCGCUGCGGAACGGAAUACCGGCUGCGGCAGCCGGCGCGUUUUCCUCGCCACUGUAGCGGCCGUCGCGUCACACACGAGAAUCUCGAUGGUAGCAGCGUGGACGUUCGAAACGCGUGCAGAAUUUCUAAUCUACUCAGGCAGGCGCGCGUCGUGGGCGCGCGUACGCAAAUCAUGAAAGUGACAAAGCGAUCGGGCACGCCGGCGUGCGCGAUUAAUUCCCGGGGAGAUCGAUGCGCGGCCGCAACGCGCGGCGAGCAUCGCGGAAUGUUGCUCCGCGUCCUUGCAUACACCAUGUAAAUGCAUUUACGUCGAACAUGCCGAGAACGUGCGCGCGUGUACUCGUUAAUGAUACGGUAACCCCCCUCCGGCAAUGGUCCAUCCGUCUCUUCCGCGAUCUCAUCCCCCGAUCCUUCUAUGCACAUGCAUACCUCUCUCUCCCUCCCUCUCUCUCUCCACCCUCUCUGACAGUCUAGUCGCUACGUUGUCAGACUAAAUCCGAAUGUUACUUCGAAUCGAUAUGAGAUGUGUAUGCGUGUAUGUGCGAUGUAUUGACAAGGCGCGUAAUGCACGUGCACGUUCGCGUGCGUGGCCGCAUGACGUAUGCAGUGCUCGCAACGGCCGUAGUCUACUUGCACAUGCAACGGAAUACGUACAUCCGCCGUGAGUCCAUCCCGUAUGUACCCGCGAUUCUCGCAAUUUAUAGUAUCUGCAGCGCGUUCGAGCCUGCAACGCGUUUGUCGUACGUCACAUCGGCCACUGCUAGCGGAUCAGGCCUGCACAGCCGGCGAAGGUACCACUGCAGACCGCGGAAUAACGCGCGCGACGCGAUUUCGACGUUUGCAAAUAACGUGCGAAUGUACCCUCGUUAACGCCGUUCGACGCUUUCAGCAACCGAAUUCCCCAUUUCUCCGUAACGUUUCAGAGGACCUGCAAUUUUAUUACAAUUUUAUCGAAUUUCUUUUAUAAUCACGUGAUUCCCGUUUACGUGAUUAAUCGCAAUUGGUUCCAACCGCUGCAUGUUUGUAAAAAGCAAAAAAAUCGUAAAUUGUCCUGAAAUUAUGAAAUAUUCUUAUAAAUGCAGAGACAUUGAUGCGCUGAUUCUAUUUGUAUAGUCAUUCUUCAACAAGGUAGUAUUAUUGAAGUAGAAUAUUCAACCGGUAUGAUGGAUGUCAACACACACAGCGCGUAAUGAUGAUUUUUAUGUCCAUAAGAAAUAGAAGAGAGAAAGAAAAAGGAAAGAAGAAAGAGAGAGCAAGACGCCAAGACGAGCGAGACAGACUAGAUAGAUUCUGCUCGGCAGGUAUCCAAGAUACGCUUCCAACAAUUCUAACCGGAAUUCCCGAUCAGUUUUUCUUCCCUCUGGCGAAGGAAAAAUUUGCGCGAUCGGAAGGACGCGGAUUCGGCGCCUCGGCGCGAGUGGAAGGAAGAGGCGACCGAUGAGCGCAACCGCCAAACGGAACGGAACGAAAGAACAGGAGAAGAAAGAGAAGGAAACGGGAAGAGAAAGGAACAGCCACAGUGAGAUGAUGACGAGGAAUCGCGCGCGGAAAGGAAAAUUUCGCGCUCCGUGGCAUACUGAUCCCUUUUGACGUGUGAUUUCAUCGCGGGAUUGCGCGCUCCUACAUUUCUUUCUCCCUUUGUCGCGAUGCCGUGAAUUCCAUGUCGGAUCUCCUGGAGGUCUGGAUGGGAGAGGGAGGAAGAAGAGUCUCCUCCCCGUGCACCUAUCACUGAUUCGAUGAAAGUCAGGAUUACCUGCGCAAGUGCUCCAAUUCGUCUUCGGCCGUAGAACAAUCGACUGCAGCGGGGCUUUACGCUCGCGGCACUCCUUCAAGCGAAAUUCGUGAGUUGGGUGCUACGUGACGGAACUUAAGAAAGGGAAGCCUGUAUCCGGUAUGUCAAAUUUUUCGAUAUGCGCCCGCCCGAUUUCUCAUAUUUACAACGCUUCACGAAACUCGGAUGGCUCUUGAAAUACGUGCACUCGAAUUCGGAAUUCGAGCUGCGGGCUGACAAGUGCGAAAAAUGCAACGAUUUCCGAGUUACAACUUGCUUCCUUGCAAUUUUCAGCGUUAAAUAUUUUCAAUCGCACAUCGAUCGUACUCUUUUCAAUGAAGAUUUAUGAAUCUGUAGCUGUACAAAAGGAGCUGUUAAGAGAACAUAUAAAACAUGAACAAUUCGAUACGAGAUAAUUGAUAAGAGCUAUCUCUGGCGACGGACGCGAUCUCUACGAAAUCGACUACGGCGGCGAAGCGGUCUGUGCCGACGGAUGCACCGAUGCUGAAUUACAUCUUUGACGCACAUAGCACACUGAACAAGCACCAACAUCACCACGAUCACCGAUGGGGACCGCACUUCGAAGGCGAGAGCUCCAAUAUCACGGUGCAGGCGGGUGCUAGUGUAACCCUUGAUUGCAGGAUAUCCUUACUGCAGGAUAAAACUGUGUCCUGGGUACGACGGCACGAGAGCGGUGAGAAAAUGAGUCUGCUGACGGUAGGCCAGAAUACAUAUACGGGCGAUUCGAGAUACACCAUCGAAUUUCAGUACCCGGACAACUGGCGUCUACGUAUCAAGCGGGUUAACAGCAGCGACGAGGGUCAAUACGAGUGUCAGAUCAGCACCCAUCCGCCUAAGUUCAUUCACGUCAACCUACACAUUAAUGCACCAUCCGUCCAAAUAGUGGACGCCCUGGGUGAACCACUGCGGGACAAAUAUUACGAGGCUGAUAGCACUAUUGAGCUAUUGUGUGUCGUGCGUCAUAUUGCGAUGCAGGUGCAAUAUAGCGUCGUUCAGUGGCUUCACGGCAAUCGAGUCCUGAACUACGACACGACGAGAGGUGGCAUCAGUGUGAAAACGGACCUAAUGGAAGAGGGGGCCAAUUCGACUCUCAGCAUAGCUAAGGUCGGACCUAUGGAUAGCGGAAAUUACACGUGCCAGCUCACUACCAUGCCGGAACAACCCGCCACGAUUCACGUGCACGUUCUAAACGGAGAAAGUUUAGCCGAGCUACAUCAUAGUGGCGCACGGGACGCCCGAGCUAAUGUCGCCAGCUCGUCACUGUUCUUCUUGGCCGCCGUUCUGGCUCGGUCGGGCCACGUGCUCAGAUGAAGACUCGACAGGCUUUCUCAGGUUCCACGAGGGCUUCGAAUCGGCGAGGCAACCGUGACCGAAGUGACAGGAAAGAGACUUGUGCCCCAACGCGCCGCGCUACCACUUCGCACACCACCAUAGCGCGGGCGUUUUCUAUCAUCACGAUGGGAGUGGUUCGGACACGAGGGCCAAAGAGGGAGUGUGUUACGUUAACGUAUUGCGUUGACACAGCAGACGCAGGCGGGACAGAGACGGUUGGUUGCGUUAGUCUGGAACGUUAUCCCGCGAAGGCGACACAGCUCGAGAACCGCCUAUGUCGCGAAAGAACACUCUCCGUCAGCCGUUAUCGAGCGCGAUUUUACUCUGGGUUUGAGCGGUAGCUCAAUUUUUCAAGUUGCACGGUCCACGACCGAUUAACGUCUCGAUCGAGUCAUCCGCGAUCGAUUGGGAGCGUUUUAUUACGCGCGUGCUCAUCAUGUUGGGAUCAUCAUCAUCGUAUUAUUUUGUAUCAUCAUUCAUGAGCGACAGACCUUAUCUAAUGUGCUUGGACUGUUUUUAGUGAGACUCCUUGCUGCGAUUCCAUGUACAGAGUAGCGAGUUCCGUCGACUUGAAUAUUCUUGCGACGCGUGUGUCGAUCAGAUUAUCCGGAGUGCAACAUGCUGCUCACAAGUGUAUCCUCAUGAAGCAAUUUAUCCGAUCACGGUGAAAUGACACGACGACGUUGUCAAUGUCGAUCGAUGCAUGUGCGGCGUGCACAUUAGAUUAUUAGCCUACCCAGUUGUCCCGGUGUUUCGCUCCCGCGGCUAAAAAUGCACGGUCAAAGUACAGUAGCAACAUAAAUCUGUAUAUCGAGAUAACCAAUAACCGAGUAAACAAUAAAGAUUCGAAGCGUGAACUGGUAAAGCUAUUGGAGUGGCUGCUAUCGCGUAUCGCUAUGGCUGUGAUAAUCGAGACAAAUUGCGCCGUUCGAUUCGGCCUCCAUCCAUCACCAUUCGCACUAUUAUAUUUCACAAUUUUCCACGUCCACCCAGGCGUUUUUAGCGCGGAGAGCGGCCGCGAGAAUUCGCACGCAAUUCACAAAUUUCCCAAUUAACAGUCAUGAGCUUGUCAUUUCGUCCAAUAAUAUUAUUUUGUAAUCUAAAAGCGCCGAUAUCCGAAAGAAAAAAACAUCAUCACUGUCUUGAUACAAAACUUUGUCGAAUAUUUCCUGGUUGUUUCAACUGAUUGACGAAUUAAUAAUUAUAAUUAAUGACAAUGUGUGUUAACAUACACAUAUCGAGCGCAAGCCGUAUGCUGCCAUAAAUUAGAUUGAUUGGCAAUAAAAUUUUCAAUGAAAAAUUCUAACGAAAAAUGCCACGAUUAAAAUAGGCAUUGAGCUGACUGUGAUUGUUUAUUAACAUUGGUUUCAUUCGUCGCAGCAUACAUUCAGAUGUUGUCUUUAGCUGAUAAUUAAAAUAUUUCACGUGAAAUGUAUUUCAUGUAGUGAUGAAAUUAUAAAUUUCACUCGUGUUUUAUAUCAUAUAUUAUCCCGCACGACGAAAUUUCGAUCAUGACUUGUUGUAGGGCAACAAUUGAAUGUACGUUGCGUACAGAUAAAAGUAUGCUUGCUUUCAUGCAGCCAACCAAAUCUCCACGCCAUGAGAGAAUCAGAAAGAGAGAGCGAGAGAGCGAGAGAGAUCACAUGUUAUAAUACAUAAAAUUAAAUCAAAUCUAAUGUUUUUUUCGCAAAGAAAGCGAAAUUAUGAAAUAUACGGUAUGCAUUUUACAAGAA